AUGCUACCAUGCGCCCGAGUACACGACAAGUCCAAGGAAAACUUGCAGCUCCUCUACACUGAUAUUGUGCAGCCUUGGCGCCUUAUGAAGUUUGCUGAUCUUAUGUACAUGACGACGUUCAACAUCAUAAUGUCGUCGACGAAAGCCUUGAAAGAUCUACAGUCCUCUGCUACGUCAAAAAACGAGAGGUAUACUGUAACAAACAUCAGGUCCAGGCUAUCACUGGUCAGUUCUUUACCACACGGGUACUUCAUUUCCACUUUCUAUAUUUUUUUGCUGAGCGAUGAGCUGCUUGGUGUUGCCCUUGGCUUCUGGACAAAGAAUUACACAACUAAGCAGAUGCGUAUCGGCAGGCGCUUGCAUUUUUUUCUGAUUGGUGCUCAAGUACACCCUGUGUACUUUUUAGAUCCCGAUGCAUAUCAUCACCGUGAACCUGCUGGUAUAUCCUUUUCCUUUUUAUUGAUAGAUUCUGAAACAUCAGGUAGCAAACCAUUUUCAUCACUAACCAUCUUUCCUUCUGCAAUAUCAGUAGAACUCAAGCAACUGAAGGUGAUAUUCCUGACAUUGUUAGCGGGCAUGAACAUCCUUAAUGUCUUGAUGUCUGGCUGGAGCAUGGUCUUGUCCAAGCUCCAGGAGGACACCAGCAGGUUUACGGUGAUAAAGGACAACAUGUCAUGACUAGUGUUUUGGAAGUCUCUGAUGUUGAUAAUGGUACCUGCAAUUUCCCCAAUUAUUUCCUUCAGGUCAGAACACGUCGGCUCACGAUGUGUGCUCGUCAUUACGAUGUUUCCUGUUGCCGGGUUCUAGCUCCUGCAGGCUUACAGUCCUUACCUGUGGCUUCUCUUCGUUGGCAGAGCUCCUCUGGCGUCCAGCACUGCGGUAGUGUUCAUAGUACUGAAUCCACUGAUAGUGGAGUUGUGCCCUGUCAGGACCAGAGGUCUUGCUUCGGUUCACCCAGACUUAUUUGACUGCACAGGAAUGUUAUUAUCUUAUGUGCCAGCUUAUACGCUGCACUGUGAUAUGGCCACUGUAGUUUCCGCUGUUCCUUUCCUGCCUUUGUCAUUAAUGCCUCUGCUUUCUCCGUUCUGGCUGGUGAGAAAGAAUAGGGUCAGUUCAGCUGAAAGAUCUUUGGGAAUUCUCUUAGGUCGUGUGUGUAAUGUUGCAGAAGAACUUGAGGCAAUUAAGAGCACCACAACUCCUCAGCAGUGCGAUGUCAAGAACCAGGUGAUCGAGCUCUGGAAAGCCCAGAACGCCAUCCCACUGAUAUUGGUUUUCAGCGUGUUCAUCCUGAGAGAGCUUGCUCUAGGUGGGUCUUUAUUCAGCUACACAGUUUACAUAUUUCGACAGGCAGGCAUGCAGUGCACAGUCCUUAUAGGCAUUAUUAGGGUAGGAGGUUUCCUCGCUGAUGGGUGGGUCCGACACAGGGAACUUAUUGUAUUCAACAAUACUAAACAUGAUAAUCAUGCAAAACUUCAAAUACAUCUUUGA